UGCCGGGCUCCCAGCAGGCCCCGCGGUGGGUGGCGCGCGGUUUAAACCGGCGGCGGUUGCGCGGGGCCUCUCCCUGGGGCCGCUGAGGCGACUCCACGUGCUUCCCUGUCCCACAUUGCCUGCCAUGGACCCGCGGGUCUGGAGCCGUCUGCGGCCGGGGCUGCUCAUCAAGAUCCAGCGCAGCAACGGGGUGGUGCACAAUGCCAGGAUCAAGGCGGUGGCCCUGGAGACGCUGUCGGUGUCGGUGGAGUGGGCCGAAGGCGGCGCCAUGAAAGGAAAGGAGAUUGAGAUUAAUGAUGUAAUAGCUAUAAAUCCUGAGAUUGUCGAAGAAAUUCCUAGUCCCUCUGAGGUGAAAGAGAACUUUCCUCUGCAGGAGAAUGUAGGUGUCCAGACAUUCAAGCGAAGAACAACAUCGUCAAAAAUCCCUGCCCUGCGCGAAGUUGCAAAAGUGACACCUACGGUCUCUGAACCUGACCAGCAGCUGCCAGCCGUGCGUGGGAGAGUCACCAGGAUGUCUGUCAUCACAGAGGCGCAGGGCAGGCUCCAAGAAAAUGAGAUGGAGGUGGAUCCUUCCACUUCAAUGCAAGCAAGAAACGCUGCGGCAGCUCCGGCCAUCAGUCGAACCCGGGUUAGCAGGCAGCGUUGCGCUACAGAAUCCUCGCUAGCAAACGAAAUGGUGGAAGAGCAUCUGCCCCCUGCCAGGAGCAGCUCUUCCUCGUAUCCAGUUCGGAGGAAAUCUAAUAUCGUGAAAGAGAUGGAGAAGAUGAAGAACAAGAGGGAAGAGAAGAGAGCUCAGAACAGUGAGAUCAGGACGAAACGGGCACAGGAAUUCGACAGCAGCUGCCCGAACUGGGAAUUUGCACGAAUGAUCAAAGAAGUCCAAGCGACUUUGGCCUGUCGGCCCAUAUCCAUGGAUGAUCCGAUAGAAGAACACAGGAUUUGUGUCUGUGUGAGGAAGCGGCCCCUCAAUAAGCAAGAGCGUCUCAAGAAGGAAUGUGACGUGAUCACAGUUCCCAGCAAGAACGUCCUGCUGGUGCACGAGCCCAAGUUGAAGGUGGACCUCACCAAGUACCUGGAAAACCAAGCCUUCAAAUUUGACUACUCAUUUGAUGAAACGGCCUCCAACGAGAUGGUGUAUAGGUUCACCGCAAGGCCUCUCGUGCAGACGAUCUUUGAGGGCGGGAAGGCCACGUGUUUUGCAUAUGGCCAAACGGGCAGUGGCAAAACGCAUACCAUGGGAGGAGAUUUCUCAGGGAGAGCUCAGAAUGCUUCCAAGGGGAUCUAUGCGUUUGCAUCACGGGACGUCUUCCUCCUCCAGAGCCAGUCACGGUACAGGAACCUGAGCCUGGAAGUCUAUGUGACGUUCUUUGAAAUCUAUAAUGGGAAGGUGUUCGACCUACUGAACAAGAAGGCAAAGCUCCGGGUGCUGGAAGAUGGCAAGCAGCAGGUCCAGGUGGUCGGCCUCCAAGAGCACCAGGUCGGCUGUGCUGAGGAUGUCAUCAGGAUGAUCGAGAUGGGCAGUGCCUGCAGGACAUCUGGGCAGACCUUUGCGAACUCCAGCUCCUCCCGGUCCCACGCCUGCUUCCAGAUCCUCCUCCGCCGCCGUGGGAAGCUUCACGGCAAGUUUUCCUUGGUGGACUUGGCUGGGAACGAGCGGGGUGCGGAUACCUCCAGCGCCGACCGGCAGACGCGUAUGGAAGGGGCAGAGAUCAACAAGAGCCUGCUGGCCCUGAAGGAGUGCAUCCGCGCGCUCGGCCAGAACAAGUCCCACACGCCAUUCCGGGAGAGCAAGCUGACCCAGGUGCUGCGGGACUCCUUUAUAGGCUCCAACUCCCGGACCUGCAUGAUCGCCAUGAUUUCACCUGGCAUGAGCUCUUGUGAAUACACCCUGAACACCCUGAGAUACGCUGACAGGGUGAAAGAGCUCAGCCCUCACAAUGGAGGUGCCGGCGAGAUGCAGACCCACAUGGAGACAGAGAGCGAGGAGGCAGAGACCAGCGAGGAAGGGUCAGGCCCGCAACUUGAGCAGCUGGGCAAGGACGAAGAGGAGCUCUCUCCCCACAUGUCCAGCUUCCGCUACGCCAUGACGCAGAUCAGCGAGCUGGAGGAGAAGGCUGUGGAGGAACUCCGGGAGCUGAGACAGAAAAUGACCCAGUGCGACAACCUGCUGGAAAUGACGGAGCAGCCGGACUACGACCUGGAGACCUUUGUCAGCCAAGCCGUGUGCCUGCUGAAGGAGGAGACGAGGCGUGCCCUCGGGAUCCUAGACACACUGGAGUCCCUGCAGCUCGCCAUGCAGAUGGAGGAGCAGGCCAGCCAGCAGAUGAGCAAGAGGAAGCCGCAGUAA